GUAAAAUUAACUUGUCCAAGAUUUCACAGAUAAUAAAUAAUAAAGUCAGGGUUAGACAAUAAAUGAGGAUGCCUUUUGUUCACCAUUAUUUAUUGUUUUGUUUUCCUUACCCUCUCUUUUAUAUAAACUCCCCAUUCCCAACCUCACUGUCUCUUGCCUCUCCUCCUUCAGAGAAUGCUGAAGGAUUUCCCUGAGCUGAAAGAAGCAGUGCAACAGUCUAUCCCUGGAAGUCGUUUCCCAUGGCCAGAUCUCUGGAGGAGGUGCCAGGCCAGCUUGUGCCUUGGUAUAGGUUAACGGCCUUUGCCUUCUCUCUUCCCAGGCAGACUUGGGGUGGGCCCCAGGCCCUGUUCUGGCCUCUCUUCCUCCAGCUUGGGUGGAAAUGGUGACGGAGAUGAUGCAGUCAAAGCCCGGAAGGGUGGAAGCUGGGAGGGUAAAAUUAGUAACUCUGGCUGAGGCUCUUGGGUCCCACUGCCAGGGUCAGACAUUCCGUGGAAUGCUGGCUCCUGCCCCCACUUCCUCUCCAAGUCACCUGGUAGAUGGCUAGAAGAGAAAGUGGAGGGAAAUCCUGCCUUCCUGGGUCUCCCUCCCUACCUUCAGCCACAGUCUUCUCAGCUUUCCCCAGUAACAUUUCAGCAACAAGUGAGAAGUUCUUACCUUACUUAGCAAGUUGAUCAAGGGAUGGGCAUGUAGGCACACAUGAGUACACAAAGGUCCUUCCUCACGUUUCUCAGGUGCCAAAUAUGUGAGCUAAGGAGAAAGAGAUGGGUGAGGAAGAGUUCAAGUUCUGGCUCCAAAACCUGUGUUACCCCUGGUUCUAAGGAUCUAAGCUUCCUAAGCACCAAAUCAGGUUAAGACCCUAAGAUCCUAUUUUCCCGGAAUUAGUCAGCACUGAGUUGGGUUGUUUUUUUUGUUUUGUUUUGAUUGUUUAUUUGUUUGUUUUGCGGAUUGUGUUGGGGGUGAGAUUGCUUUCUAAGGAAGAGAGGGUGCAGGAGUUGAGACAUAUAAAGAUGGCAGGAAUAGUUGAGUUUUUCUUGUUGUGUCUCCUUUAAGAAAAUAUCCUAUUGAGACCCAUGGGAAAAUAGACAAAGGGAGAAGAAGAAAGGGAAAGAUUGGUGAAGGGCGCUCCUAUCUCAGCCCUGCCACCCAGCUGGGGGCCCUCUGGCUACCAGUGUCCCUGGAGGGGGUUCCUUGGAGUCAGCUUCUCUCACUAAGGUCGAUUUUCCCCACCCUGCUUACAGCUCCAGAUGUCUGAGGGUCCUGUCCUCAGCUGCCAAAACCUGGGUCCUGGGUAUUAGAGGCAAGAAAGCCCAGAAAUACAGGGACCCUAGGGACCCAGAACCAUGGACACUCUCAAUAGGAGCCAGGUAGGCUCUGGAUGCAAGACCCAAGCAAUGGUGCAGAAAGGACCCUUGGACCUGAUAGAGACAGGCAAAGGGCUGAAAGUGCAAACCGACAAACCCCAUCUGGUGAGCCUGGGCAGUGGGCGACUCAGCACAGCUAUCACCCUUCUCCCGCUGGAGGAAGGGAGAACGGUGAUUGGCUCUGCGGCCAAGGACAUCUCGCUGCAGGGUCCAGGCCUGGCUCCAGAGCACUGCUACAUUGAGAACCUGCGCGGCACCCUCACCCUCUACCCUUGUGGCAAUGCCUGCGCUAUUGAUGGGCUCCCUGUCCGACAGCCCACCAGGCUCACUCAGGGCUGCAUGUUGUGCCUGGGUCAGUCCACCUUCCUCCGCUUUAACCACCCGGCUGAAGCCAAGUGGAUGAAAAGCAUGAUUCCUGCGGGCGGCCGGGCCCCUGGGCCCUCCUACAGCCCUGGCCCAGCAGAAUCAGAAAGCCUGGUGAAUGGGAACCACACUCCACAGCCUGUAACCCGGGGACCCUCGGCCUGUGCCAGCCACAGUUCCCUGGUGAGCUCUAUUGAGAAGGACCUGCAGGAAAUCAUGGAUUCACUGGUGCUAGAGGAACCUGGAGCUGCUGGAAAGAAGCCUGCCGCGACUUCCCCACUGUCGCCGGUGGCUAAUGGUGGUCGCUAUCUGCUGUCCCCUCCAACCAGCCCUGGCGCCAUGUCUGUGGGCUCCAGCUAUGAGAACACCUCUCCAGCCUUCUCUCCACUCUCCUCACCAGCCAGCAGUGGAAGCUGUGCCAGCCACUCACCCAGUGGGCAGGAGCCAGCGCCUUCCAUGCCCCCACUGGUGCCUGCCCGUUCCUCCAGCUACCAUCUGGCCCUGCAGCCCCCACAGUUCCGACCUAGUGGUGCCCGCUCUUCUGAGAGCCCCCGGCCGGGCAGGAAGGGGGGUCAUGAGAGGUCUCCCAGCCCUGGCCUUCGGGGUCUACUGACAGACAGCCCUGCAGCUACUGUCUUGGCGGAGGCCUGCCGAACCACUGAGAGCCCCCGGCUGGGUGGGCAGCUGCCUCUGGUGGCUAUCAGCCUGAGUGAAUGUCCAGCUUCCAGUGCCCACAGCCAACCCACCAGCAUUCCUGGCAGCCCCAAGUUCCAGCCUCCAGUCCCUGCUCCCCGAAACAAGAUUGGCACACUUCAGGACCGCCCUCCCAGCCCUUUCCGUGAGCUGCCAGGUACUGAGCGGAUGAUGACAGCCAGCCCCUCACGCCAGCUGGUGGGCCGAACAUUUUCAGAUGGGUCAGCCACCCGCACCCUACAGCCUCCUGAGAGUCCCUGCCUGGGCCGGCGGGGCCUGGAGAGUAUGCGAGAACUCCCUCCCUUGAGCCCAGCUCUAUCCAGACGGGCUCUUUCCCCCAUGCCCUCCCGGAACACCCCAGAUCCCAAACUAACCAGGGAAGUGGCAGAGAGUCCCCGGCCCCGGCGCUGGGCAGCCCAUGGGACUUCACCAGAAGACUUCUCCCUGACACUGGGAGUACGGGGCCGUAGGACGCGGAGCCCUUCACCCACACUCGGGGAGUCCCUCGCACCCCGCAAGGGCAGCUUCAGUGGCAGGCUGAGCCCAGCCUAUAGUCUGGGUUCUUUGACUGGGGCUUCACCGCGCCACAGCCCCCGUGCCCAGAGGAAGCUCUCCAGCGGGGACUUACGCGCGCCUGUCACUCGAGAGCGGAAAAAUAGCAUUACGGAGAUCAGUGACAAUGAGGAUGACCUCCUGGAGUACCACCGGCGGCAGCGCCAAGAGCGGCUUCGGGAGCAGGAGAUGGAGAGGCUGGAACGCCAGCGCCUGGAGACCAUCCUGAACCUGUGUGCCGAGUACAGCCGGGCUGACGGGGGACCUGAGGCUGGGGAGCUGCCCAGCAUUGGGGAGGCCACGGCAGCAUUGGCACUGGCAGGCCGGAGGUCCUCACGAGGCCUUUCAGGGGCCGUUGGGGCCUCUGGGCGGAGCAAUGAAGAGCCUGGAGGUGCCACCCAACGCCUGUGGGAGAGCGUGGAACGCUCAGAUGAGGAAAACCUCAAGGAGGAGUGCAGUAGCACUGAAAGCACCCAGCAGGAGCAUGAAGAUGCGCCCAGCGCCAAGCUCCAGGGAGAGAUGCUGGCCCUUGAAGAGGAGCGGGCUCAGGUGUUAGGACGAGUGGAGCAGCUCAAGGUCCGCGUGAAGGAGCUGGAUCAGCAGCUGCAGGAGUCGGCCCGAGAGGCUGAAAUGGAGCGGGCGCUGCUGCAGGGGGAGAGGGAGGCAGAGCGGGCACUGCUGCAGAAGGAGCAGAAGGCAGCGGACCAGCUGCAGGAGAAGCUGGUGACCUUGGAGACGGGCAUCCAAAAGGAGAGGGACAAGGAGAGGGCGGAGCUGGCCACAGGACGGAGGCACCUGGAGGCCCGCCAGGCGCUCUACGCCGAGCUCCAGACGCAGCUCGAUAACUGCCCCGAGUCAGUGCGGGAACAGUUACAGGAGCAGCUGAGAAGGGAGGCAGAGGAUCUGGAAACGGAGACAAAGCUCUUUGAGGACUUGGAGUUCCAGCAGCUGGAGCGGGAGAGCCGCCUGGAGGAGGAGCGUGAGCUGGCGGGACAGGGGCUGCUCCGCAGCAAGGCUGAGUUGCUCCGCAGCGUCGCUAAGAGGAAGGAGCGCCUGGCAGUCUUGGACAGUCAGGCUGGGCAGAUCCGGGCUCAGGCUGUGCAAGAGUCUGAGCGCCUGGCCCGGGACAAGAACGCUUCUCUGCAGCUGCUGCAGAAGGAGAAGGAGAAACUGACUAUGUUGGAAAGAAGAUACCACUCACUCACUGGGGGCAGGCCUUUUCCGAAGACCACAUCGACCCUCAAAGAGGCUGAACUGCUCAUCUCUGAGUCCUCGGAGAUGGGGCUGGGGACUGCAGCUCUGGGCCUAUUCCCAGGGUCUUCUCAGGCUACCGCCUCCUCUGUCCCCUUAACCCCACCUGCUUCCACUCAGCUUUGCCCUAAAGCACAAGAGUACCCGACGCAUGAGCAGCUAAAGGCGAUGUGGGGCACCUCGCCCAUGCCCACAGCCCCUGCGCCAGGCCUGCCUCUCUGGGCCUCUGCUUCCCGGGACCUGGUUCCCAUCACCUGCCUUCCUCCUGUGCUGUCCUCUUCCUCCUCCUUCACUUCUAUCACGCCUGCACCCAAGAUGGAGAAGCUGCUGCUCCCUGCUGUAGACUUAGAGCAGUGGUACCAGGAGCUGAUGGCCGGGCUGGGGACGGGCCCCGCUGCAGCCUCCCCUCGCUCCUCCCCCCCGCCUCUGCCUGCCAAAGCUUCCCGUCAGCUGCAGGUUUACCGCUCCAAGAUGGAUGGUGAGGCCACCAGUCCCCUGCCCCGCACCCGCAGUGGCCCCCUCCCCUCUUCCUCUGGUUCUUCUUCCUCCUCUUCCCAGCUCAGCGUGGCUACCUUGGGCCGUAGCCCCUCCCCGAAGAGUGCUCUACUCGCCCAGAACGGCACAGGCAGCCUUCCUCGCAACCUGGCAGCCACACUGCAGGACAUUGAGACCAAGCGCCAACUGGCCCUGCAGCAGAAGGUCGAGUUGCUUCCUGCCGAGCCCCUCCCAACCGACGACCCAGCAGGGCAGCAGGUGAUUGAGGAGCAGCGGCGGCGACUGGCUGAGCUGAAGCAGAAAGCAGCAGCCGAGGCUCAGUGCCAGUGGGAUGCUCUGCAUGGGGCGGCCCCCUUCCCAGCAGGCCCCUUGGGCUUCCCCCCACUCAUGCACCACUCCAUCCUGCAUCACCUGUCAGCUGGGCGGGAGCGUGGGGAGGAGGGUGAGCACGCCUACGACACACUGAGCCUGGAGAGCUCUGACAGCAUGGAGACCAGCAUCUCCACGGGAGGCAACUCUGCCUGCUCUCCCGACAACAUGUCCAGUGCAAGCGGCCUGGAUAUAGGGAAGAUCGAGGAGAUGGAAAAGAUGCUGAAAGAAGCUCAUGCGGAGAAGAGCCGGCUCAUGGAAUCAAGGGAACGGGAGAUAGAGCUACGGCGGCAGGCCCUGGAGGAGGAGCGGAGGAGGAGGGAGCAGGUGGAACGGAGGCUGCAGAGUGAGAAUGCUAGGAGGCAGCAGCUGGUGGAGAAGGAGGUCAAGAUGCGGGAGAAACAGUUUUCUCAGGCACGACCUCUGACCCGUUACCUGCCAAUCCGGAAGGAGGACUUUGACUUGAAGACGCACAUCGAGUCGUCAGGCCAUGGUGUUGAUACCUGCCUGCAUGUGGUGCUCAGCAGCAAGGUCUGCCGUGGCUACUUGGUCAAGAUGGGCGGCAAGAUUAAAUCAUGGAAGAAGCGCUGGUUUGUCUUCGACCGGCUCAAGCGCACCCUUUCCUAUUAUGUGGACAAGCAUGAGACGAAAUUGAAGGGGGUCAUCUAUUUCCAGGCCAUCGAGGAGGUAUACUAUGACCACCUGCGCAGUGCAGCCAAGAGCCCGAACCCAGCCCUUACCUUCUGUGUGAAGACCCAUGACCGGUUGUACUAUAUGGUGGCGCCCUCUGCAGAGGCCAUGCGCAUCUGGAUGGAUGUCAUUGUCACAGGGGCUGAGGGCUACACUCAGUUCAUGAAUUGACUGGGGUGGGCCAACCCCAGGACCCAUGCCUGACCACCUACUGCUCUGCUUGCCCCUCAAGACAGAGUCACACCCUGGGCUCCAGACCUCCCUGGGGCGCUCCCAGAGGCCCUGAGAGGGCGGAGCAUGCCUGGGGCUUUUGUAGCGUUGUGGAAGGAACUCAUCCUGGGAGAUUCUGAGCUGGGCCCCUCAUGCACCAGCCAGGAGAUCAAAGGUAGGGAGGGAGCUUCAUUGCCUCCUGGGAGACUAGAACUUGCAAAACCCUUCAGGGUCCUGCCCUCCCCAGCCAGGGUCCUGCCCUCCCCAGCCCGUGUUCUCUUUUGUAAAGGAUAAAUUACGGUACCAGAAUCUGCCAAAGAUCCCCUCUUGCCUCAGCCCCCUUUGCAGGAGCCUUGGGGGCUAAGCAGAGCCACAUCCAGAGUGGGGUAACAGCUCAGGCAGUGUACUUCUCAAACCCUGCUCUACCCCGUUGUUCUCCUUUGUUUCUAUAUUUUAUUACUCUGCUCAAGGGCCAGAGACCUCAAGUGUCAUCCUUGAGGUCGCAGUCCCAUCCUCUUUUUGCAGACAUAUCACCAUGGUUACGAUAUUAACUGCUUCAUUGCCAUGGUUACAUACUAAUUGCCAUGGCUCCAUGGCUCAGCCCACUGCUUAAGAUGUGGGCCCUCUGAGGGUACGUGCCAUCAUCUCUCCAGCCCAGGCCCUUGGGCAACUCAGGCUGGGGGAAGGUACUGAACAGCUCCCUGCCCCCAGCCUGUCUCCAGGCCCUGAUGCACAGCCUGCCACUCCCUCCUCCUGCCCUGGGCCUGCCCUGUCCCUUCCACUUGUGCCUUCCUUAGAGCCAGAAGGGAUGAAGCUGGAGGAUUUAGAUCCAGAGGAAGAGUGAUGCAGAUGGGAGACAAAGCUAGAAGGACCAUCCUAGGGGUUCUGUAUAGGGAUGAGUUUCUGACAAGGAGAGAGGGCUGCUCCUUCAGGAAACCUGAGCAGGAAAGGAAGCAGCAGAGAGGGAGGACCCUUGAGGUACCAUUACCCUCCCUUCAGCCUCAGAAGGGUAAUGAAAUUGGAGAGCAGAGGACCAGGCCUCCAGCUGUCUGGCCUCAGCCCUUCAUGCCUUAACACUAAGCCCACCUCCCUGUCCCCCUUCCCAGCUCUGGGCCAUGGUUGCUGGACCCAGGCAGGGUAAUUUCAGUAUUUGUAAGCAUCUCAGCAGAACAAUAAAGCAUUUGGAGUAUGUGUUUGAAAGA